AUGGGUCCCCAAACGGGCCCCGCGGCCGCGGCGCGCCCGGCGCGCGGCUCGAAGAGCCCCUCGGCCCUCAAGAUCGACUUCACGCCGACCAACGACACGCUCCCGAGCCUCGUCGCGCCGAUCAAGAGCCCGCGCCCCUGCCGCCCCUCGCGCGGGCUGCUCGUGUUUCUGCCGGGCAUGGACGGCACGGGCCUGGGCGUGACGCCGCAACUCGCGCCGCUCCAGGCCGCGGGCUACGAAGUGCGCACGCUGUACCUCCCCAUCCGGGAUAGGUCGAGCUGGGAGCAGCUGACGCAGCAGGUGCUGUGGCUGUGCGAGGAGGAGCUCCGGCGGUUCAACCGCGACGCGGGGGCCCUGGGGGCGCCGUCGGACGGCGGGCUGACGCUCGUGGGGGAGUCGUUCGGCGGGGCGCUGGCGCUGCGCGUGGCGAGCCGGGCGCGCGAGGGCCUCCUGCGCCAGAUGGUCCUGAUCAACCCGGGCUCGAGCUUCCCGGAUUCGCUCGGAGGGUUGAGCAGCGCCAUCGCGGCAACCAACCUGCUGCGGCUGUUCCCGGGGCGGCUGUUCGCGGUCGCGCAGGCCGUGCUGCUGCCGCUGCUCGUGGACCGCACGCGCGUCAGGCCCGGCGUCGACCACGCGGUGAAGGCCAUGAUGGAGAUGAACGUCGGCGCGGGCUCCGAGGUCGGCACCGACGCCGCGCGCAGCCUCCAGAGCGGCGUGCGCAACCUCGCCGACUCCCUCGAAGCCUCCCUCCUCGACUCCGUCGACGACCUGUCCGCGGACUUUGACUUCGCGCGCGACUCCGCGGUCCCCGGCGGCCGCGUCGCGCGCGAGCCGGACGACCCCUCGACCCCCCCCUGGAGCUCGCGCCGCCCGUCGACGCGGACCUCGGUCCCCUGGGGGUGUUCGGGGGGGAGUACCUUCCCGCGGGAGCCGCCUCGCACCGCCUGA